GGGACAGUGAAGUCUGCUAAGGAGUUUUUGACCCGCAUCCAAUACCUGGAAGUGGAGGCGGACAAGGUGAUGGUGUCGUUUGACGUGGUCUCAUUGCUCACAUCUAUUCCGCCCACUCUGGCUUUCGAGACUACUGAUGGUCUUCUCCAAGAGAAAUACGACGAAACCUACCAAAAGCUCAAUCGAGUGCACUGUGUCUAA